AUGUCUACGAGAUAUUCUGAAGAAUCUUCGUCGAACGAAUUGGCAUCUCUGAUACAGCAAAAGUCAAACGCCCAGAGUAAGACCCGCGGGUUCUUGAGAUGGAUCCAAAUUUCCAUCAAUAUCGUUUUUUUGGUCUUGCUCAUUUCCAUCUUGGGAGUGCUCAUACAGUUUAAAUUAGAAACUGAUUUUGGAGGAGACGUCAAUCAUUUCGUUCCAAGAUUCUCCGAAGAGCGUAUCAAGUUUGAACCACAUUUGGAUAUUUCUACUUUGAACUACACAUCUAGUCAAGAGGCACAAAUCGUGAGACAGAGAUGGCAAGCCUUGCUCCCUAAAGGUGGUGGCAAUAUCCAUGUUCCCGAACACACUCGUUAUAAAGACCUGAGUGAGCCUUUCCUUGAUCCCAAUGGCACACCGUUAUGGAAGGUUUCCUGGACACAUCAACUACACUGUCUUUAUUACAUCAUGGAUGCCUACGAUCAGGUAAUAAGAUACGGUUCAAAGGGGACUGAGAACCAAAUUGAAGAGGGUCACAGUUCGGUUCAUACGAACCACUGCUUCGACUAUCUUCGGCAAGCUAUCCUCUGUAAUAGCGAUAUGACGUUAGAAGGCGGUACAAGGCCUGGAGAUCACAAGGGAACAAACGGGUUUGGUCAUCUACAUUCGUGCAGGAACAACAAAGAAGCAGUGCAGUGGAUUGAGGGUUACAGAAUAUCGGACAAGCGGUUUAUUAUCGAUAUCAACGCACCCGUUUGA